AAAUUCUCUCUCUCAUUGACACCCACCUAACUGCGGCUUCAGCUGCGCAUCGUCUCGUCUCGUUACCUGCACCCAAGAACCACUCGUUAGGAAUACAAGAUGGACUUUGUUCAAGGCCUUGACCCGUCCAAGCUCUCGCUGGCUCUAACAGCUCUGUCUUUCUUUCUAUCCCCCUUUGCUUCUCCGCCGUACAACCUUCCUGUCAUGCUCUUUGGGACUUUGGUCCAGCAGCAAGAAGCCGGCGUAGGUCAGGCGCUCCAUAUCGUAAGUCACUGCACGCAACUGUCGCUUGAUCUCGCUUCAACUCUUGCAGUUCACAGGUCCGUAGUUGCCGCAAUAUGUCUCGUACGCGAUGCCAUUCCUUACACAGCUCUUCUGGGCGCGUCCAUUCCCUUUGACAUCAUUUGGAUGAUUGGGAACUCGCAAAAUGGCUUUAUUCGGUUCCUGUCGCUCCUCCUCGUCCUCCUCAAAUUGCCGGCCUUCAUCUCUUUCGGACUGGCAUUGCGCCAGCGCGGUGGCGGUCUUGGGUUCGGUUCCCUCAAUAUUCGGGGAAAUGAUCUCGGUGGUGCCACUGUAUGGGAUAGUAUGCCCGGAGGUUUCGGUUCUGUCGGAAACAACGGAUACCAGAACUUCGACGACGAGCGACCCGCUCAGUAUUCGAGACCGACUGCACCCGCUCCGGCAGCCGCCCAAACGACUCCUCCUCCCCAGGCAGCCCAACCGGCAGCCCAACCGUACCAAACUGUGUAACAGUAGAUGUUCUCAUAGCGUUAUAUGUCAGCUUCGAGUAACCUGGCCAGAUUCUCUAGGAAAUCCAACUUGUGAACCGCUUUCGUUCGUCUGUACAUCCACGAGCAAUCCAAUGACUCGCACUCGAUGGAAUCUCCCGCUGGGG